AUGCCUCCCCCACCAAGUCAAAGAGGAGACAUCGAGCCGCCAGCGGAACUUACUCGCGAAGCCGCCAAGGGCUUCAUGACUGGCGUGUUCCGAUUCGGCUCCGUGUCCAUCCUCGCCCAUAUGAUCCUGAUCCUCCCUCACCCAUUCACUUUCACCGCGCCUACACCACCCGUCAGGCCUGACGCGCCACCCCGUCCACGCCCCUCGCCGUUCUCCCCUGCCGGACUCCGCUCGCGAUUGUUCUACCGACCGCUCGAAGGCUUCUCCGAGUGGAUCUCGCCGACGGCACGCGUCUACCGCGGCCUGACGCCUCAAUUUAAGGUCUUCCUGCAGAUUGCCGCGAUGACGCUGGGUGGGUGUAUCUGGGCGGAGCGGAGGGUGAAUGAUUACAUCGAGCUGGUUCGCCGCAUUAAGCGCGCGGAGCGGCGGCAAGCUGAAAUGGAAGAGAGAUCUCGUCCAUGA